UAUAUGUGCAAUCUUCUUUUUUAUAGUGCAUAAGAGCAUUUGUAACACUUUCGUUGUGUUUAUUUGAGCCAUUGCUGUGAUUCAUAUUUCGCGUAGCUUGUAUUCUCGGUUUGACGCCCACAAGUCGCUAAUUGCAUAUGGAGUAAGCCGACAUCUGGUAUCGCUUCAUGUGUUGUAGGAUCACUUUAUGGGCGACCAAUUCGAGAAUCGAAUGCCAGGAGCGAAGAAGAAGUUGCGGUGGAAUGCUGUGCCGUCUAUUUUUCCACAUCGUGAACCACCCAAGCAACGAAAACCGCCUUUCCUACGAAGACCUGUGUGUUCUAAGGUUCCAAAAGAUCACGAAGAAGUCCUUGCUUCUACAAUUGACAACAUGCAAGCACGCCAUGACGGGACAGCAUCCACAACUGUUGAAAAUACACCUUCUGAAACCCACCAAAAUGAGCCUGCGUCCACCCAGAUAAGUUGCUCGCAUGAGGACGGAAGCUCAACUGACCUGUCUGUGAGUACGACUCCAGAUGCAGCAGAGGUGCACCACGACCACAGUAUUUCAGCAGACCAGAAUCCUUGCCAGUCAGUGCCAUCAGAAGCUGAGACAAUAGAUCUACUAACUGCACGCAUUGCUGUCCUGGAAAGACAUGUCAACCUGCAGAGGAAAAGGCUACAAAGAGCUGCCAGAGAAAGCCAGAGACUGAAAGCGUCCUUCCGAAGCAUAUUAUCGGCAGACCAAAUUCGGGCCCUUGAAAGAGGUACAACCAAGGGCUCAGCAUGGUCACGAGCCACAUUUCUCAAGGCACUGAGACUCCGGGUAGCAUGUGGGAGUAGAGGCUACAAGUACGAAGAUUGUAUCUUUAGGUCAAUAAAUGUCAUCUGAAGUGUACUCCCGUGAUUGGUCUUUGAGUGGUUUAAUUGUUGUUCAAGGUAACCACACAAAUUUUAUCGUUUCAAAGACCGUCGUAUGGGGCCAUGUAUUCAGGGUUGCGGCAUCACACAGCCGCGGUUAGCUACGCUACAACAUACUCGAACCAGAAAAUACUCGAGAACCACUUUUAAUCUCUCUCUGUUAGCGCACGGUUGCGUUUGCAGAGAGCGGUAAUCUCAUCUCAGGCGAUUUCUUUAAGAAAACGUAGUUCUUGUAGUCGGGCGUUGAAGCGGCCCAUAUGGACGCAUAAGACCGGUGGAAGGGAAAUGGCGGCGACGGAGG